GUUGUUAAGAGGACGCCAUACUCAGAUCGACCUUACGCUGUUUGAGUUUGCGUAUUCUGCGGUGAACCAACACCACCAUGUCCAAGGAGGCCCCCCGAGAACCCGAGCAGCUCCGCAAACUUUUCAUCGGAGGUCUUAGCUUCGAAACGACCGACGAAAGUUUGCGUGCCCACUUCGAACAAUGGGGGACGCUUACAGACUGUGUGGUAAUGAGAGACCCAAACACAAAGCGAUCGCGAGGUUUUGGCUUUGUCACGUACUCUUCAGUAAAAGAGGUCGACGCAGCCAUGGAAGCGCGCCCCCAUAAGGUGGAUGGCAGGGUCGUGGAGCCAAAGAGGGCAGUGUCCAGGGAGGAUUCCAACAGGCCAGGUGCUCACAUGACUGUGAAAAAGAUCUUUGUUGGUGGCAUCAAAGAAGACACAGAAGAACAUCACUUGCGAGACUACUUUGAAAUGUUUGGAAAGAUCGAGGUCAUUGAGAUCAUGACCGACAGAGCCAGUGGCAAGAAGAGGGGCUUUGCCUUUGUGACAUUUGAUGACCAUGACGCAGUGGACAGGAUUGUCAUUCAGAAGUACCACACGCUGAAUGGCCAUAAUUGUGAAGUAAGGAAAGCACUUUCCAAACAGGAAAUGGCAAGUGCUGGAAUGAAUAUGAGGGGACGAGGUGGCGGAGGCGCUGGUCAGUUUGGACGAGGCGGUGGAUAUGGGGGUAACUUCGGCCGUGAUGGAGGCUUUGGUGACCGUGGAGGGAGGGGUGGCUAUGGAGGAGAUGGAUACAAUGGUUAUGGAGAAGAUGGCUAUGGUGGAGGCCCCGGUUAUGGGGGUAACCGUGGAUAUGGCGGUGGCCAGGGGUAUGGCAACCAGAGUGGUGGAUAUGGAGGAAAUGGAGGAUAUGAGGGAUACAAUAACGGUGGAGGCAGUUUUGGUGGAAACUUUGGAGGCAAUGGCUACAAUGACUUUGGAAACUACAACAACCAGGGCUCUUCCAACUAUGGCCCAAUGAAAGGAAAUAAUUUUGGAGGUGGUGGAGGGGGAAGGAAUAGCAGUGGCCCAUAUGGUGGAGGAUAUGGGGGUGGCUCUGCUAGUGGCGGAUAUGGCAGUGGUGCUGGUGGCCGGCGAUUCUGAGCAUUCUAAGAGGACUCAGUACUUAGGAGAGGGGAGCGAGAGAAGGGACAGGGAAGCUGCAGGCUUGCACCAUAGAUCUGCUCAGCCAAACGGUUGUGGCACAUUACCACUGCCACAUGAAGAAGUGCACAGUAGAAAUUUGUGGAGGCUUCAUUUGUUUGUCCUGUUGAAGCAGGAAUAUUUUAUACAUGCUCUUUGUUUCUGUGAAAGGCAUUCCAAGGUUUUAUGUAAAUUUUUGUUUUAACACCCAUUUUGGUGUAUUUUUUUGGUUUUGUUUUUUUAAUGUAACUGCAGAAAAUCAUGAAAUCAUGUCAUGAAAUAAACCACCUUUCAGUUUUUUAACAUUGUC